AUGGACCGCAAGACGUCCGUCGUCCAGCCGCACCUUACGGCCGGCACGCUCACGAUCCGCGUGCGUCGCCUCGAAGCAGCCGCAGCCGCAGCGUCUCCUGCCCGCCCCACCUCGUUAAAGCCCCACGCCGUGCGCUUCGUCGUGGGAAAGGCCGGCCGCACGUCCAAGUUCACAAAGCUCGGGACGGCGGUCGAUGAGCGCUUGCAGCUGCCGGUGCACGGGGCCACUGCUAGUGACCAGCAGAGCGUCACGUUGACGAUCGUGCACAAGAAGAGAGGGAACAAGCGGAAGACGCUCGUGACGACGGUGCAGCCGCUGGCCGAGUUCCUCGAGGCGCCGCUCGAGCGACGACUGACGUUCACGUUCGGCGCUACAGCAGCGCCCACCACAGUGGUCCUCUACUUUUGCGUGCAGUGGGAGCCGACGCCGACGGACGACGCGCUCGCGCGUGUCGCUCCUGUCCACUCGCCCUAUUUCCUGCGUGCGCAGUACUACUACGACACGGGGAAGCGCGUGUAUGGCUACACGACGAGCUUCCGCCUGGUCGCGCCGUUCGCGCGCUUCGGGGAGCACUCGGCCACUCGGGUCCUGGCGGCAGUGAGCGGCAAGUCGCUCGUGGACAUUGAGGCGGCGUGGGUGAACCCGAGUCUUGCGGCCCUCGACGGCUGCGUGGACGCUGGGGUUUCGACAGUGCUCACGGCGCUCUAUAGCGCCCAACAGACCGCGCUGCAGACGAAGGACGAAGCGCUGGCAGCAGCGACGCACGUGGCCCUGAAGACGGGGGCGGCCGUGGUCAGCGUCAAGGACUUUGCGACGGAGAAGGCCGUGUGCGUCUCGUCGUGUGCCCUCGAUGUGGUCAAAGGCGUUGCAGUUGCUGUUCUGAGGCACGUGCCCGUGCUCGGCGCUAAACUUACGGCGUAA